UCAACUGUCAAAAGAAUAGACAUGGCAGACUACAUCAAUUCACAAGUAACUGGAGAGAGGAGUAGUUUGGAGCAGAGAGAAAAUGUCCAUUCAGGAGGGUCAAAAGUCUACAGGGUUGUCGGUGUCAGCUUUGGUCUGCUCUGCAUCAUUCAGUCUGCUCUCAAUAUGUCUCUUAGGCUCCAACGAAUUGGAUGUCGUAACAACCAGAUCGGAGAUAUUGAGAUGUUGAAGGACCAGCUCAGCCAACAACAAGAUCAGAUAAUAAAGCUUCAAACUCAAAGAGAACUCCUGAAAAUGAGGCUUUCUGAAAUGGCAGAACAAAAACUCCAAGGAUGUCCGCAGGGAUGGAGGCUAUACAUGUCAAGCUGUUACUAUGUUUCUACUGUGACAAAGACCUGUCAGAAUGCCCAGUACGACUGUGAGAGGAGAGGAGCUCACCUUGUGGUUUUAAAUGAUAGAAAGGAAGAGGAUGCUCUCCGUGGUUUUGGAAGUCAAGUCGCGUGGAUCGGCUUGAGGGCUCAACGGAAUGCUCGGUUGGAUUCAUGGACAUGGGUGGACGGAAGCAAACUGACUAAUACUGACAGGAUUCGGCAGCCAGUUGGUCAACGUUUGAACUGCGCCUAUACCGGCACUACGAACUGGGUCCUUUCCUUUUGCGAAGAACAACACUACUGGGUGUGUGAGAAGAAACGCCUCUGCUGAAUACCAUUUUAUGUGUGCUUUGUAUGACUGUUGUAUUAACUAUGUGAUGUUGUGUUUUGCCUCCGGCUGAUAAAGAAAUGUUAGUAGAAA